AUGACCAACGUCUACUCCACCAACUACACGCUUCGUGUGUACACCUCUGGCUGUCUCUUCUACAAUACCAUCUCCGACGUGUGGGAGAGCGACGGCUGCACGGUCACAGACUCCAACUACCGAGCCACGAUCUGUACCUGCAACCAUCUGACCUCGUUCGGCUCCGGAUUCUUCGUCAUGCCGAACCGCGCCAUCGACUUUGAAUAUGUGUUUGCCAACGCAAGGUACGUGCUGCCGAAGAUCAGCUUUGAAGACAACCUGUCAAUAUAUCUGACGCUCAUCAUCUCGUUCUUUAUCUACCUGGUGCUCAUGUUCUGGGCGCGGUGGAAAGACAAGAAGGACCUGGAGAAGAUCGGCGCCACACCACUCCCGGACAACAACCCCAAUCACAAGUACCUGUACGAGAUCCUGAUCAUCACCGGGAACAAGACGAACUCGGAGUGCGACAACCGCGAGAAGUCGCAGUUCAUCGCCAACAAGUGGUUCGCCGUGGAGGAGGGCGAUGGACAGCCGGCCGAGAACAGAUGCUUGAGUUCCAGCACCUCUUCAAACACCACAUCGCGCAAGAACCUGUCGGACGGCCACCUCUGGUUCUCAGUGUUCAUGCGGGCCGCCGCGCAGGCCGCUUCACACGUGUGGCAGCGCGUCUCCGCCUGCAUGGCGCUGCUCUAUCUCUCGAUGCUGGUGAACGCCAUGUGGUACGGCCUGGUGCCCGACCAGCCUGGGUCCAGCGCCAUCGCUUUUGGCCCCUUCUCCUUCAGCCCCGAACAGAUCGGCGUGGGUGUCAUGGCCAACCUCAUCGUCUUCCCGCCGUCCUUCCUGAUCGUGCUGCUCUUCAGGAAGUCGCGGCCACGCCGCCUCAAGGAGAACAGGGUGGAGAAGGCCAUGACCGAGCAGCGUGCGAGGCAGCGGAAGGAAGGCAAGUUCCCGGAGGCGGACGAACAGUCCGCCGCGCCCAAGAGUGCACCGCCUCGGGCUGUCGACCUCGCGGACCGGGACGGUGACGACGAAAGCCUGGCGGAGUCUACCGUCCCCGAAAAACGUCCCGAGAGGAAGAAGCCGUUCUCCUUGCCCUGGUGGUGCGUGUAUUUCGGUUGGCUCCUGACCUUUGGCAGCAUGGGCGCCUCCAUUUUCUUCCUCUGGGCUUAUGGCAUUACCUUUGGCAACGAGAAGACCACCAAGUGGCUCACCUCCCUGAUGAUCUCCUUCUUCUCGUCUGUGCUCUUCACCCAGCCUAUUAAGGUGAUGCUGACGGCCUUGCUGGUGUCGGCGAUCUGCAAGAAGCUGGACAACGGCCAUGACGACAUCGAUGACGACGAGGAGGACCCGGCCCUGCUCAACGACGAGGAGUGGCUCUACGCGCCACGCAAGAAGAAGCAGCAGCGUAAGGUGGAGUACACACCGGUGGACCCGGCGAAGAUCGAGGCGGCCAAGCGAGAGCGGCAGAAGGAGGUGAAGAUGUGGGACAUCAUCCAGGAGAUGGCCGCUUACGCCUUCUUCCUCUGGAUCUUGCUGGUGCUCAGCUACGACACGUGCCGCGUGCCGAAGGUGAUGCGCAACAUCACGCGGGAGUGCCACAAGUUCGGGUCGCUGUUGUACGAGGAGAAGCGUGACUUCGGCCUGGGCUGGGACGAGACUCUGGCCACCCGGCGACCGUUCAACCUCAAGGAGAACAAGCGCACCCGGGCCGUCUCUGUCGAGUUCUCGCUGUUCAACGCUCAGGUCAACCUGUUCGUCGGCUGCACAAUCGUGGCUGAGCUCAGUCCAGACGGCGGUAUCGUGCCGUUCUUCAAGUUCGAGCCGGUUCGCCUGCUCAACUACCACUCUGGCUUCGGUCUGUUCGUGCUCAUCUGCGAUGUGACCUUCGUGGGCUUUAUAAUAUACUAUACAGUGCGUGAAGCCAAGAGAGCCCGCAAGCAGAAGAAGCAGUACAUGAGCGAUCCUUGGAACUACCUGGAGCUGGGGGUCAUCGUUCUGGGCUACACAGCUAUUGUAUUCUACCUGUACAGAAUGUUUCUGGCGAGCAAAAUCGUCGAUACCUACAAGAAAACACGAGGAAGAGGCUACAUCAAGCUACAAUAUGUUACCUACCUUGACGAGGUAUUCGGCUACAUGAUUGGCUUCCUGGUCUUCUUUGGGACACUCAAGUUCAUCAAGCUCCUGAGGUUCAACAAGCGAAUGGGAUUCCUGACGUCCACUCUGAAGCAGUGCGCUGGAGACCUGUGGGGAUUCAUUGUGAUAUUCCUCGUGAUAUUCUGUUCCUUCAGCUUCACCUUCUUCCUGCUGUUUGGCUACGCCAUGGAAGACUUCUCAAACUUCGUCAUCAGUAUCGAGUCCUCCUUCGCAAUGAUGCUAGGUCGUUUCCACUUCAGAGAGAUACAGCAUGCAAACGCUAUUCUUGGACCGAUCAUGUUCUUCAUAUUUACCAUUUCUAUGACCUGCGUCUUCAUCAACAUCUUCCUGACCAUCAUCAUCAGGAGCUUCCAGGCGGUCAAAUUGGACCUGAUGAAGCAGAGCAAUGAGUACGAGGUGAUCGACUUUUUGGUGAACCGCCUGAAGAUGCUCACCGGCAUUGGCCAGCCCAAGCUGAACUCGGUCGGGCCUCUGGCUCCCACGGACGAAGACGAGCGGAAACAAGAUCCGUCACAGCAGUUCCCAGAGAAAGUUGAUCAACUACUCAACUACGUCAACGACUUCUAUUUCGCUGGGAAGAUGGACUUGGACAAUAAGUCGUGGCUGAAAAAGACAAUUGCGUCGGACAAGAACAGCAAGGAGCGGCUUGCGGAGGGGUCCGCUGGGGCUGCGACAGCUCCGGCCGGCGCGCGCAGGAAUUACGUCCCGCCCGAGGAGCUGACCGAGGAGCAGGAGCAGAUCGCGGACAUCUAGAAUACCCGAAGGACCGACCAAGGCACUAAGCUGGAUGCGAGUGUGAAGCGGUGGACGGAGUGCCUGUACGCGUGCGCCUGUGCGCCGGGCCAGUGCGUAUGCCGUAUCAGGCCACCAAAAAGCGUAGCCCUGAAUGUAGACUUUGUGACGUUAAGCUAGAGUUCAGUUGUAUCAUAACACCGUGACGGCACUGUGGGCGGUGACUUCUUGAUUCGACUCCGGUGGUCUGUACGCUCGAUUUGCUUUUGGAGACAUCUUUUCCCUCUUUUAUACCUUUUGGAAGCAUCAGGCAAAUGAUCAUGAUUUGGUCCUGCAGUUGGAACCUAAUGCAGAGGUUAUUGUUAUCAAAACGAAAUAUCAUCGCUUAUGUACCUUUUUGCAUGGUUUGCCGGAAUUGCAAAGCUAUGUUGCUUAAGGAAACAUAUGCUGCGAGGAAAUGCACAAUUUUUUUCUUUGGCUGGAAGUGACCGUUUUAGAUUCCUUUGGCUAAUUAUUCACCAACGAAUGAAUUUAAGUGGACUGUGGAAAUAGUGCCACGAACGGCAUGACGGUUAAUUUUUGUACCGUUCAUGAUAGCCAACUUGUGAAGAGCAAAGUGGUUCGAGUGUGAAAUCAAUCGACGAUUUUGACGGCUUUCGCUACAAGGUGUGGUUCUGCUGCGUCUGACUUGUGGCUCCGACAAUUUUACUUAGUGAGGUACUUUAGGGAGGUCAUCGUGAACACGGCCAAUGAAUACCUCCGUCCUUUCAUUUGCGCUUGGGUCAUCAGGUUAUCACUGAAAGCAAAUUUUCAGCAGUGGGUGCACAUACAUUAUAGUCCUCAGAACGGCCGAUUGUGUUGUUUUGUAUUGAGAUUCUAGUCGGAAGUUUGUUGGAAGCAAAUUCGUUGAAGAGCACAGUUCACCACCGCAUAUCAUAUGCCGUCUAUGGCGAACCACCUUCUCUAUGCUAAGAUAUCCUGCAGUUCUAAGGUAUUAAUUUUGCUGAAAAAUAGAACGCAUCGCGAGUAACUGAAAAUUUAACCUAUGAAACAGCAGUUGAUGGGGUAAUAUUGCACAGAUUUUGGGGCUCUGUUUCCUCUGCCGGAGUCCCGUGUUUGGUGAAUGUAACAUGUAAUGGCCUCUAACGGAAACAUCUUUUGAGAAUUGUAUGCGAUGCAUUGGCCACUAUAAUCCGGAAUGACAAAUAUCAAUUUGAUUUCGUACCCUGUCUGAAAACACAAACCCCUUUCCAACGAAGAUGGCUUCAAUGUGUAUGCGCGUGUUCUAGGCUCCGAACGGUCUGUUGAGCAGCUGCGUUUAUCGCCCGCUGAUUCGCACACAUGGCAAAUUGGUGAAAACUUUUCGGAGACAGCUACUUAGGUCGUGUGAUUAUCAGAAUGCCAUUACUCUUUGUUGUUGGAAAUAUAUGCACUCACAAAAUAAAGCAUCGCACAUGCA